GCAUCGGUGUACAAUAUAAGUAAUACAAUACAGAGUUCCUGCGCUGCUGAAUAUUGGAAAAAAUAGCAGUUCUCUGUGCAAUGCAGUAGAAAAGGGCCGACUUUGGUCGGACGCUAGCUUCUCGCGCCGCUAAAGUUCGCGUGCCAUUCAUUAGUUGUUCUCAGUCAAUAAAUCUAUUUUUAGCCGAAUAAUUAAAAAGAAGUAGUCUGCCCCUCUCAUAUAUCGACGUGUUUCCUCGCGCGUCUGAUAAAGCGAUAGCUGAAAAUUUAAAGAAUUCCAAAUACGCGAUAAACAUCGUGUCGGCUCUCGCGCGACCGAGAGUCCCUCGCGGCUAUUUCGAUCUCAUCGUCUAAAUGAUGAAUUAGCGUUUAAAAGCGCGAACGAAUUACGCGUAUUUUUAUAUCCGCACCGCGCCGCACAUACCUAUAUCUAUGUAGCGAAUAUUAUUAUCGCGAGUGCGGAACGAACGCGCGCGCAAUUGUUCGAGUGCGCAGGAGCAGACGACGCGCGUCAGCUGUUGAGGUUAGGUGCGCGGGCCUGCAUCAUCAUCAUCAUCUCUCUCUCUCUCUCUUCGCGCACUGCAGGUGUCUGUCAGAUGGAGUGCAUCAUCGUCAACAUCGCGAGUCGUCCCGACGUGGAGCAGAGGAUGCUACGACUAGUUACGUGCUCGUAAAGCAUAGCCUAUAUAUCCAGAAAGCCGAUGUCAGAGCGCAGUAAUUGGCCGAGCAAUUAGCCGAGCGCACGAGAGAAAAAGAGCAAAAAUGUACAAAGUGCAGCAUUUAGCUCUCUACCUGCUCUUCCUCGGAAGUUGCAGCAGUAUGUUUUCGGACUGGGAUAAUGGUAACUGGCAACUGCGAUGUCCAGCUUUGUACCCGAUGGUCUUCACCAGCUAUGCCCCGAGUGGCAAUUUGACAGGGGGAGAUUUUACGAAGCACCCCAACCUGCCUGAUUUGAGACACUGUGUAGGUGCCUGUUGCAGCCAACCGACCUGCCAUGUGGCUUUGAUGUACAACAUGACGUGCUACUUUGUGCAGUGCUUUUCAUCAAAAUUGUGCUUACCUCUUUAUAGGCCAGAUUUGGCCAACAGCAAUCCUCCUAGCAUGGUGCUUGUGAAACCUGUUGAAGAGGAUGAAGCAUGGACUGACUUCUUGAAUCAAGGAAAUGAUGUAUCUGGCCCAAUGAUGUCUGAUGGAACUGAGCAAGAACUCUCAUUUUUUGGAGCAAAUGCUGGGCUCGGUUGCAGUACUUCGGAUGAUUGUGCAGAGAAUGAAGUAUGCAUAAAGAACAGCAAAAAACUUGAAAGAACAUGCGAGUGUGCACGAGGCUAUAAAAGAAACCUUGCUGGUAUAUGCAGUUCAUAUGAGGAGCUUCAAGAUCUUGAUAUUGCUGUCACACCAGAAAUUCUGGAACCACGCUUAUUGAAAGCUUCUCAAACCUCAGUUAAGCCACCAGUGAAGCAGUUAUUUGUAAAAACAAUGUCCAAAGAAGUACGUUUACCAGAGAAUGAGGUAACAUUGUCAGCUUUUACAGUGCCAUCUGAAGAACAAGUAAGUGGCCAUUACAGUUAUGCAUGGACACUUUUGAGUCAACCAGAGGCACACACUGGUACAAUGACAGAUCAGAAUCAGAAGACUGUCAAACUGAGUAAUUUAUCAGAAGGAUUGUACAAAUUUAAAGUCACUGUAAAUGGAGCAAACAGUUUUGGUGAAGCUUAUGCAAACGUCACAGUGCUGCCUCCUAAACGCUUAAAUCAAGCUCCGAUUCCCGUAAUAUCGCCAGCGUCUCAAAUUGUUAAGCUGCCUAAUACUGGCGCUGUGUUAGAUGGUUCAGCUAGUAAAGAUGACGACAAAAUCGUCUCUUAUCAUUGGGAACUACAGCAAGGUCCGAUUGGAUACCAACCAAGCCUUGUUGAUACCCCAACCCUUCAGUUAGACAAUCUUAUUGCUGGAAAUUACACUUUCAAAUUAACCGUUGAAGAUUCGGAUCAUGUUACAAAUUACACGACGGCCAACAUAACAGUUCUAAAAAUUACCGAUUAUCCACCAAGUGCUAAUGCGGGUCAAGACGUAAUAAUUUAUUUGCCUCAGAAUACGCUCACGCUCAAUGGCAACUUGAGCACGGACGACAGAGGUAUCGCUAGCUGGGAAUGGACCAAGAGUCCUUCCGAUGAAAAUAAAGCCGUCGAUAUGCAGAAUACGAGAACACCGUAUCUGCAGUUGUCAAAUUUAGAAGAAGGAAUGUACACUUUUGUACUUAAGGUCACCGAUGACUCGGAACAGUCUUCGACGUCAGAAGUACAUGUAUUUGUCAAACCGCCCACUAAUAAGCCACCUAAAGCCGAUGCCGGAGACGAUGUCACCAUCGCACUUCCGGAAACACAGGCUCUAUUAAAUGGAACACGGAGCAAAGAUGAUAUUAAAAUAGUCUCUUAUCACUGGGAGCAAAUUGGAGGCCAUAAUAAAGUAGCGUUUACGGCUGCUAAUGAAUCUAUUACAAAUGUCACAAAAUUAACAAAAGGAGAUUAUUCUUUUAAAUUGACAGUUAUUGAUGAUAACGGCAACAAAGACUCGGAUACCAUACAGCUCAAAGUUACACAAAAUAAAAAUGCGCCUCCUAAAGCAAAUGCUGGCGGAGAUCAAACGGUCGUUGCGCCUGUUAACGCGCUGAUUUUAAAUGGUACCUUAUCUACAGAUGACUUAAAAAUCAAACAAUGGUUAUGGACCAGAGAUCCCAUAAGUUUGGCUAUUGGAAAUAUUGUCGAAGGAACUGAUAAAUCUCCCAUUUUGAUGGUAACAGACAUAGUUCCAGGAAGAUACGUCUUUAGAUUAAAAGUUGCAGAUGAUCAGGGAUUGACUAGUGAGGACACUGCAUCAGUCAUAGUUAAGCCCGAUCUUCAACUUCUCAAUUUAGUGGAAUUAACCCUGAAUAUUGGAGCUCAUCUUUUAACGGAAUCUCAAAAAGAUUCGUUGGUAGUUAAGCUGCAAAUGCUGCUUCGCGAGGAAACAUCGAUUGUCGUUCGCAGUUUGAGAGCAGAACCUCAUUCGGGAAGAGUAGUUUUAGUAUUCUAUGUUGAAAAGAAGGGUGGUAAAUCUACGAUGCCAGGGCCCGAAGUAGUCAAUAAAUUAAAGGAAAAGCUUAGACAAGAUUCUGGAAUCUUGCAAUUGUCAGUUGCAAAUGUGGAUACUGCUAUUUGUCAGAAUAACUGUUCAGGGCAUGGUACAUGUGACCAAGAAACUAGACUUUGCCUUUGUGAAGCUUUUUGGAUGCAAAAUCUUAUACAGUUAUACUUUAGGAACGGAGAAUCCAAUUGUGAUUGGAGUAUUUUGUAUGUGAUCAUAGCUCUGCUAUCUCUCGUGGUUUGUUGGAUUGGAUUCGUUUGGGGAAUGGUUUGCUUCUGUCAAAGGAUAUGCUACGGAAAGCGACGACUCUUACGCCCUAAAAAGAAGCCGGCCCGUUACUCGUUACUGCAGCCUGAGCCCGAAGACGAAAGCACAACAUUUUCAGGCCAUAAAGUGGUUUUAUCAGAAUCUGAUACAGAAUCGGACGAUGUAAUGUUUGAUAAAUUUAAAGGUAAAACUAAUGGAAGUUUGAGGAACGGAAAAUCCCGAAACGGAUUUCUAAAGUCGAAUUCCAGGGUGAAGACAUGAGAAUUUUGUCGAAAUAAAGAAUAAAAUGACUUAAGCACGCCGUCAGCACAUAUGCCUGCUUGGCCGAACAGAAUCAACUAGUCAUUGAAGGGGCUGUCACUCAAAGAUGUACCUAAAAAAAACGACAAGAGGAUCAAAAGCGACUGAGAGCUCGUGUUACAUUCUAAGCGCCAUUUGUAUAAUAAUUCACGAAAAUAAGACGCUGUCUACUUACGGACAGGUAUCAAGAAUUCCUUGUAUUUUAAUAUUGUGAUUUGACACACAAAACGUACUGUAUUUGACGAGUAUUUCUUAUUUCAACUUACUUUUAAGAUAAACUUUUACAAUAAGGGAUAAUAUACUUAACCACAGUGCAAUUCCGAAAAAUCGUAUACUAUAUGAAAAUGCAAGAAUAAUUGUAUUUAUUUUAAAUUUUGACAAAUGCAUGUUAGAUUUUUUUAAAUGGUUUUCAACUUGUAAAUGUCAUUAAAAUGUGCCUACUUUAAAAUCACAGCCAUUAUAAAUUCUUUUUGGUAAUUCAAAAUUUUUAUCAAGUUACAUAUUAAAUAUGACGGCUGAAAUCAUUUCGUUAUAGAAUGCUACCGUAAAUAAUACAUUAUUUUGCACAAAUUCAUUGCCAAAGUAGAAACAUCACAUGCCUCAUCAAGACUGUGAUUAAGACACAUUUGACUGUGGUGUUUCAUAAGUUGAACAUUCUAGAAUAAUAAUUAACUGAAUCAAGCAUUAAGUUAUAUUAUAAAUAGAUAAGUUCUACAAUAUAUACUAUAUACAUAUUGUAAAAAGUUCAGUAAUAAAAAAAAGGUCUUUAAGAAA